AUGGACAAUUUAUAUUAUAAUAUAUAUACAAGUGAAAUAUAUGAAAAAAAAAAGUAUGCCUUUAAAAAUAACAUUCAUGUGAAAGAGAAUGUUUUAAAGGAUGCAAAUAUAUAUGAUUAUAUAAUAAAAUAUACAUUAAAUGUUAUAGUAAAAAAUAUUGUUAAUAAUAGUAUAGACCCCAAAUACAAGUAUCAUUGUGAAUCUUUUAAGAAUCAUAAGAAUAAUGAUAUAUCAAAUUUAAAAUAUAGGUCAACACAAAAUGACUUUCUUAUUUCAAAUAUUUUAAAUAAAAAAUAUAAAAAUAUUCCAAAAAUGGAUUUACAAAAUGAUAUAAAAAAUUGUAAUUUAAUACAAUCCGAAUUAGAGGCUUUUUCAUAUAAUAAAAUUUUAUCGUCAUCAAGAAUGUAUGAAUAUGAAGAAUUGAAUACCUUUAAGGAUAGAUUUAUUACAUACAUAUUAAAUAAUCCACACCUAUAUAAGAACAGGCUUGAAGUGAUCUUAAGUUUAAUUAUAUUUUCAUUUUAUAAUGCCAAGAAAAACAUGGGAAGUUAUUAUUUGUUUGAUGUUUUGAUGAAAACGAUAAAUUAUUAUAAAACAUAUAAUAAACUCAAAACAAGUUUUAUACUUUUUUCUCCCAUCAUUCAAGUGCAAAAGAAACAUAAACGAUAUGUUAACUUAAGUGAUAUUAUAUUAAACCCUUAUGAUGAUAAAAAUAAUAAUGAUAAUAAUAAUAAUUAUAAUUAUAAUGAUAAGUAUAAAAGUUACAGUGAAAACCUUCUCUUAACAUUUGAUAGUACCAAACAACUUAUUAACAUUGUACGAAAAUAUCAUGAUAUUUGUGGAAGUACUACAGCCACUUCAAAUACAUUAUCUACCGUUAGUAAGAAAAAAAGAAAAGGUGCAUGCCACCUGCACAAGAAAAAAGUCAAUUUUAAUGAUACACAUUUUAAAGAUUAUAAAAACAAGAGAAAUAAAGAUAUGAAAGAAUUGAAUUUUUUAAAUCAUGAGCUAAACAAAAAAAAGCUAGUUCAAUAUAAUAAAAAAAAAAAAAAAGUGAAAAAGUAUCAGUAUCACCAUAUAAGCCACAAAAAUUGUGAUAAUAAUACAUUUCAAUUUCAUUUUAAUAAUUCAGACCAAAGUCAAGGGAGACAACGGGAGAAUAUUCAAGGAGUAGUAUUAUCUUAUAUAAAGUAUAAUAAUUCGAAUUUUAAUUUAUCAUGUUAUAUAAGUAUAAAAAAUUAUAAUUUUAAUUCGAGUAUUAGAAUAUGUUACGUUCCAUUUUUUAAUAAUUAUUAUAGAAAUAAAAAUAUAUGGUUCAAAUUAAACAUGAAAAUGUUUUUGUAUUGCUGGUGUUCAGUUGAGGAUGUAUGUUUUUCAGACUGCACAAUGAAUACUUUAGAAUAUGUAUCUAAUGACGAAGAGAUUAAGAGGCUUGAAAAAAUAAAUUACUAUAAGGAUAAGUAUAAUAAGAUGAUAAAUGAAGAAAGGAAUAAAUUAGAAAAAAACAAAAUAAUAUUAAAAAAUAAGAAUAAAUGGAAUAAUUAUCAUAAUUAUUACAAUAUUAUAAAUAGUAGUAAUAUUAAUAGGUGGUGUCCUUGUAAUAGUGCAGAACAAAAAUGUAAAAAGAUGUAUCUUUGUAAUAAUGAUUAUUCAUUACUUGCUACAAGUGAUCAUAUAAAAUUAAGAGGCUAUCAUAAUAACAAUUAUAAUAGAUAUAAUUCAUGUAGUUUUAUCAGCAACCUUAACGAUGAUGGUAUAUCUACAAAAUUUCCUAACAACAGAGAUAUAGAACCUGGAUACAAUAGUGAUAAUAAUAUUGUUUAUAGAAAUAACAAGAGGAAGCGAAGAAAGAAGAAACGUUUUAAUGUAUGUAAAAAUGAAAAACAUUAUUGUAAAUAUUUAAGUGAUGAUGAUAUGACAUAUGAUAAUUAUUGUAAUUAUUUUUAUGAAAAUGUCGAGAGUGUAAAUGUGUCUAGUUAUUUAUAUUAUUUCAAAUUAAUAAAUAAAAAAAGGUUAAAUAUGAAAAUUAAUCAGAUGGAACAAAAAAUGGAGUUUAACUAUGAUGUUUUUUUAAGAUCAAUUUAUGAGAGUAAUGAGAAAAAACGAAAUAUGAUAUAUAAUGGAUAUUAUAAUUCUGACAUAUAUAAUAAUAUAGAAGACGAUUAUAAUUAUGAAGAUUCUAAUGAUGAGAAUUAUCAUGAACAUGAUGAUUAUAAUAAUAAUAAUAGUAAUAAUUUGAAUGAUUGUUAUGAUAUUAUAGAGAAUGAAGACAUGUUACCACAUCAUGCUUGUUUAAAUUAUGAUCAUUUUAAUUUGAUAACAUGUUAUGAGAAAAUAAUAAAAUAUAAGCCCUUAACUACAAAAUAUAUUUUAUGUUGUAAGGAGGUUUUUUUCUGUUCUAGUGAAGAAUAUGAAGAUGAUGAAAUGAACCACCAUAAUCAUCUUAAUCACCUUAAUCAACUUAAUCACCUUAAUAAUCAUGAUAAUAUUAACCACAUUAACCAUCACAAUAAUAAUAAUAAUAAUAAUAAUAAUUGUAGUAAUAAUUCAUUUUAUAACCAUAGUAGCAAUUAUUCACAUAUUCCAGAUGGAAGACGCAAAGGUAUGAAGAGAUUUGCAGAAGGUAAUAAUAUAAAUAAAGAACACCAUGGAUAUGGUGAGGAGGAAGAAGAAUACGAUGCAUACCAUAAUGAAAAUAUUGGUAACAGUCGAGUGAAUGGGCUCUUAAGCAAUCGCAUGAUGAAACAAGAAAUUGAUGAUGACAUGGAAAAUCAUAGAAAUAAUAACAAUAAUAAUAAUAUCAAUAUUAAUAGCAAUAUCAAUAGUAAUGGUAAUAUGAAUAAUAAUAGUAAUGUUAGGGGAGAGAUGAUGAAUGGAUUUAAUUAUAAUAAUGAUCUUCAUUUAAAUAAUAUAUAUGUAAAAGAGGAAAUGAAAGAUAUUAAUUAUAAUGAUACUGAUGAUAUACAUGAUAUGGAAGAAGGAAAAGAUUUUGAAAGUGUUAUUGAUGAAAAUAAUGAAUAUAAUGAAGAGAUAGAUGUAAAAUAUGAAAUAUCUACAGAAAAUAAUGAAGGUACUACAUUACAUAUACCAUCUAAUGAUAUGGAUAUUGGAAAGGGUGGUAGUAUGACUGAUCAUGGAUUGAAUAGUAAUAGUAAUUUUCUCUGCACAAGUUCAACAAAUGAAAAUGGUUUAGACAUGAAUAUGUUAGAUAACAAAAUGAAGAAUAAUAGUAUGAAUAAUAAUAUGAAUAAUAAUAUGAAUAAUAAUAUGAAUAAUACUAUAAAUAAUAGUAAUAAUAUUAGUAAUAGUAAUAAUAAUAGUAAUAAUAAUAAUAAUAAUAGUAAUAGUAAUAAUAAUAGUAAUAAUAAUAAUAAUAAUAAUAAUAACAGUUUGAAACAUAAACCUCAACAAAAAAAUAAUAAUGAAGGAAAAGAAAAAGUAAAAAGGCGACGUAAAAAUCCUUUUAGUAGAAGUGUUGUAGGUAUGUCUCCUGCAAGUAAUAAUGAUAUGUCAAAAGCUUAUGGUGAUAUGAUGAAGGAUGGUUCAAAUAAUUUUAUGUACAAGAAUUUUGUUGUUCCUAAAAAACCGAAUAACUUUUCAUAUUUAAAUUAUAAAGAAGUAAAAGAAUAUUUAAAAGAUUUGACUAUAUUAAAAAGUGGAGCAAAUUGGAAAACAUAUAAAAUGGAAGAUUUACCAGCUGAAUUGUAUAAAAAUAUUAGACCAAUAAAUCAAAGAGUAACUGGUUUCAAAACAGUUUUAUUGGUUGAUGAAUUAUUUGAAAAAUUAUGGGAAUUCCCAAAUACAGAUAUGAUCAAAGUUAGGACAGUAACUAGAGGAGAUCAAUUUAUUGGUGAUAUUCGAAUUGACUUUUAUUAUCGCCAGAGUGAGAGAACCUUAUGUCGUGCAUGUGGAAGGCACAUCCUUAAGCAGAAGUUUGCUACGGAGCACUACCAAAGGAAUAUAAAUUGCUGGAAAGAAGUCAUGUGGAGAUUAGGAAUACCGGAGCUGCAUUACUACAACUCAGUUCGAAAUGACUUUUUUGAUUCAAGGUCUAACAACAUGGAAAAUAACAAUGAACAGGCGUUGCUGGACAGGACGCUAAUGUUGUAUAACCAAGAGUUGAUUAAGAAGGCUACUGAUUUUGUGAAUGAGGAAUUAAAAUAUUACGAUGAAAAUGUGGUGAGUAAGCCACGUAAGAGUAAGGUGAAUAGUUGUUUUGAAUUGGAUAUAUUAUUAUUGGAUGACAACAAUAUAAUAAUUCCUAGUGUAAAGAAUGAAGUGGAUGAGCCAUAUUUUGAAAUAGCUGCAAUAUAUCCUAAUAAUGGAUUUCCUGAUGAGAAUUAUUCUCGUAAUUUUUGUUAUAUAAAGAUAACCUUUAAUAAAUUAGGAGGUAUGGUAUUACGUGAUUUGUUUACAUUAGAAUGUGAGUUCUUAGUAGAUUGGGGAGACAAUUUAUUAAUUCAGGCAAAGAAAUAUACAUUACAUGAGGUAUAUAAUAAUUCUGAAUCCUAUGAUAUAAAUUUAAGAAAUUUGUAUGACCAAGGAUUUGCAUAUUUACGAUGUAAUGUACCACAAAAGCCGAAUGGAAAGGUAAAUUUAAAAGUGCGUAUACCUAAAACCGUAUGGCAUUAUUGGGAGGCAGUAGCUGAAGAAUCAUUGAAAAUAAAUUAUGAAUUUUUAGAUAAGCAUAAUGUUCAUAGGCAAUUAUUAUUUUGUUCUUAUUUGGAUAAUAUAAAUAAGAAUUUUACAGCAUAUGUAAAGAAUUCAUCAAAGAGUGGUGGUACUAACAAUAAUAAUAAUAAUAGUAAUAAUAAUAAUAGUAAUAAUAACAAUAAUAACAAUAAUAAUAACAAUAAUAACAAUAAUAACAAUAAUAAUAAUAACAAUAAUAAUAAUAAUGGUAAUCAUCAUCAUAUGGCUAAUCUGAUGACUGCUAAUAAUAUGAAUCAUAAUAAUAACAAUAAUAAUAAUAAUAAUCAUAUGUUUGAAUUAAUGAAUAAUAAUAUAGCUAGUUUUGCAAAAUUGGAAGAUGAUUUUAUUCCAAGAAAUUCAUAUAAUAAUAUGGAUAAGAAAUCAAAAAAUAAUGGUAUGCCUCCACCCCCACCAGAUUUAAUGAAUAGUAAUAAUAAAAUGAUGCCUUAUAAUUUUAAUAGUUUUUCUAAAGGACCUACAGGUGGUGUAGUAGGAGCAGCAGAUCUGGCAAAUAUGUCUAAUAUGAAUAAUAGAUUAAUGUAUAAUCAAAAUAAUAAUCCAAAUAAUGCUAACAAUAAUAAUAAUAAUAAUAAUACUAAUAAUAUGUAUAAUAAUAUGGAUUAUGCAGCUGUUCUAAAUUCAAUGCCCUAUUCUAAUUAUCAUGCUUUUAAUAUGAACCAUGCUAUGCAAAAUGAUUCAGAUACAAACUAUUCAAAAAAUUUCGACCAGUUUAGUGGGCACCCGGAGUUAAAUUAUUAG